AUGGCAGAAAAUUUUUCGAAAAAUAUUUUGCGAGGGUGCGGUAAAGUGAAAGUUACAACGCGUUGUAUCGUUGUGCCGCCAUCUCCAACACAACAUGAAGCCGAAGAUAAUCCCACAGAUUAUAACAUAGAUGGUAACAAUAAUAGUAAUCUCAGAUCACCUUUAUCACCCUCAACAAUCCCCAAUAACUUAUUCAAUGCUCAAGACUCUUGCACAAGCGAAUCCAAUGACAUCGAAUCUCAUAACUAUGCUAGAAAUCGCUCAACUACCCGAAGCUGGCCUGUCAUUUAUCGCAACAAUUCCAUAUCCAAACAAGAAAAUUACUUAGGCUUAUCGAAGACCGAACAACUGCAAGGCAAAAAUGAUCUCAAACGAAAAUCUACUCAUCAAUAUGAUUUUGAUCAAAUAUUUGGCUUAAAUAAUGCCAAUUACCAGCAAUAUCUGGCAGCAACGAUACGAAAGCAAAGUAAUUGUGACGUUGGAUGCGAUAAAUCACCAUCCCUCUAUGACAUGCAGAAUCCUUCACAAGAAAAUGCAGAACAAUCUCCAUCUGGACCACUAUGUAACGCUCCACCGACUGUUGUUUUUCUUUUGCUUACAUUGUUUAUGACCACAACAGCUACAGCUAUGUUGUGUGCAGCAAUCAUGACUGACCAUUGGGAGAAUGUCGUUUGGGAUAAAGAAGCUCUUACAAAAAUUGUGAAUCAAACGGAUUCAUCAAAAGUUACUAAUCAACUUGAACUUUUACUCGAAGGGAAAGCUGCAAGAUUGCCGUUUAAAGGUAACGACCGUGGCGGUGUUUUUCUCGUGCCAAUGCAUGGGGGAAUUUGGACGCUUUGUAUUAACUUGCGAGAGGAUGAAAUAAGAGAACUAAGCAAGAAAGGAUUCCCAUCAGUCAACAUGUGUUUCAAUUAUUUGGCUGGAAAUAAUGAUAACGGACGCUCAGGCGGGGGUGAGGAACCACGUGCUGACUGGCAACAUAGUGAGUUCCAGACGUCAAUUCAUCCUCAUUUAAGAAUGCAGAAUUUGUCUAUUUCCUGCGCCCUUGUAUGUCUAAUUAUUUUGGGAUCAGCUGCACUGAUUGGAGCUUUCGGGGUUUGUCAGCGCCAAAUAAGCGCUAUUUUAGUCACAGGCGUAAUGUAUUUGUUAGCAGCUCUCUUUGCACUGUUCACGUUAAUGAUAAUUCAUUUCAAACGACAAAAAGGAAAACCGAUGUUGGAUAGUGAUUAUGAUGGAACUGUUGAUGGACUUGUAGCUACACGAGGAUCGGCACGAAUGGCACAAAGCUUACUUGGCGCCAGAAUUUUUAGCACGUCAUGGAGUUUAGAUUUGGGAUGGGGAGGUGUAGCGUUAUGUGCAUUAGCGUCAUUCUUUUGGAUUUUCUUAUCAAAACUCAUGAGAUUUACACCACUGUCUCAACUUUUAAUGUGAAACAAUGUGUCAUAAAUACAUUACAUAUAAUCAAAUAUCAUCGCGUUAUACUGCACACUUUUAAUCUUUCUUGUAAUGAAAGCUAAAUGUGAUUUAUUGUACUGUGCUUUAAGCCUUAAAUUGUAGAAAUAAAGUUUUAAAAAGACAUGUUGUUUAUUAAUUAUUUUGAAACUCUAAAGCCAUUAAUUGAUUUUUUCACUG